CAGACCCACAGGGAUUCCACGCUCUAGUGUAAGCAACGUCUCACCCACGCUGACCAUGUUCUCAGCACUUCUCUUCUGUUGGGCUGCUCUUAAACUUCACGCUCCAGGCACAUGCUACCCUCUCCAACAGGCACCCUCACCAUCGGAUGUCAUGGAAGGAGACUCUGAAGAGCACAGACAAGCAGAGACAAAAAGCCCUACGGACUAUUUAAUGGAGAAAAAUGACAAUGAAGGAGUACAGAAAACCAUUUAUCCAGGUUCUAAAGAAAUCUUCACCUACUUGGAGAACCAACCUAAAGGCUGCUUCUCAGUUCUGAAUGUUAAAAGCAAGAUGUUCUUGUGUUUGGAUUCCAAAAGAAAGUUAUACACUUCAGUGGAUGACAGCGACGAGAACUGCCGGUUUCAUUAUGUCAAAAGACACAAACAUUAUGAUGUGUUUCGGUCCUGCAGGGGUAACGUGUUGGUUAUCCUACGACAGAUGAAGGCCAAAAUGCACACGCAUAAUUCAUCAGAGCUCUCUAGUGGCCUCUUGAUAAAACAACAUAAAAAACAUACGAACCGUAGAAAGAGACGCAGCUGGCACAUUGAUCCAUCUGACCCCUUAGGAUGCGAGUAUCCAGUUGUGAGAGCAAUCAACAAUCAAAGAAGACAACCACUACAUGGUGGUAAUGUUUCCAAGGAAACCAUAGCUUUUGUUGAAGAUCCCUUCCAUGUGGUUUCACCUGGUCCAUUAAGUCCAUCACAGGAAAGGAUGAAAAACAGGAGAGGCAGACUCUGAGUGGACUAUCAUCUUACAUUGUACAUGACUUUUUCUCUCUAUUAUCUAAAGAUAUAUCAUGGUAAGACUGAUUCUUAUGGUAUCAGACCCCAGUGUGCAGAAAUGUUCUUAAACACUGCAGACUCUAUGUUGCACACACAGCCUACUUUCUCACCCUUGUCGGUGAGGCUUACUGUGUGUUUGUCCUUUCACCUGUUUUAAUGAGUUAACAUUUAAACAACAGCAUUUUACGUUUCUAAAGUGUAUUUCUUUUUAUGAAAGUCUGAGAUCUAUGAUAAUGGAUUACAUGGGUAAAACUAAAAUCUGUUUCUUGUUAUUAUGGACAUUGGUUAUACUUUAUUACCUGUGAAUGUCUGAUUUAAUGUUACACUCUUCUGAGAUAUGUAUGCUUUACUUUUCAAGUUUUUUUUUAUUCUACAACGAUCACAUCUUAACCAGUAGCUUCACAUUAUCUUACGUAUGCCUAAUAGUGCUGGACACCUACUUAUUUAUUUGAGUGUUUAUAUAUUGUUAUUUAUGACGUUUGUACUGAUGUUUAUUAUCUGAAAUGCUAAAGAAGCCACACAAUAUGGAUGUCUCAUCUAGCUAUGACUUCAACAAAUACUCUUAAAAUUAAAUAUAUUUAAUAUUUGUUAUUUCUGAUAUUUAAAAUGCAAAUGUGUUUUUUUUAUUUUCUGCACUAUAACGCUGGGUAGCAACUGUAUUUGUACAAAAUAAAUAAAAAUUUCAACCUUUA